AGGGCUCGGGCGGGAGGGCUGGGCGUGCAGGAGGAGGACGUGUCCCGCUGGGGGCUGACAGGCAUUAAGCUUCGUCCAUAUCAAUUAGAUGGUGUAAACUGGCUGGUGCAAUGCUACCAAGUCCAGCGUGGCUGUAUCCUGGGUGACGAGAUGGGUCUUGGGAAGACUUGUCAGACUAUUUCUCUUCUUCUUUACUUGACAAAAAAAUUAACAAACAAAGAGAGAUUCCUGAUACUUUGUCCUCUGUCUGUUCUGACUAACUGGAAGGAGGAACUGGAGAGGUUUGCUCCAGGUCUCUCCUUUGUGACAUACAUUGGCAACAAGGAGGAGCGAUCCGAACUGCAGCAGAACCUGAAAGAGCAAUCUCACUUCCACGUGCUGUUAACAACAUAUGAGAUUUGUCUGAAAGAUGCAGCAUUUCUCAAAUUUUUUGACUGGGCUGCCUUGGUUGUAGAUGAAGCUCACAGACUGAAAAAUCAGAACUCUCUGCUUUACAAAACACUUACUGAGCUCUCAAUAGGUUUCAGCCUGCUACUCACAGGCACUCCAAUCCAGAACAGCCUCCAAGAACUCUACUCCUUACUCAGCUUUAUUGAACCUGAUAUUUUUCCUAGAAAACAAGUGAAAGAGUUUGUUGAGUAUUACCAAGCAAUUGAAAAGGAGAGUGAGCCAGCCAAAGAAUUGCACAAUCUUCUGCAACCAUUUUUGCUUCGAAGAGUCAAGUCCGAGGUGACUGCAGACCUUCCAAAGAAGGUGGAAGUAGUUUUGUACCAUGGAAUGUCAGCUCUGCAGAGGAAGUACUACAAAGCUAUUUUGACAAAAGAUCUAGAUGCAUUUGAAGGUGGAACAGGAAGGAAGGUUACACUUCAGAAUGUCUUAAUACAGCUUCGGAAGUGUGUUGCCCACCCAUACCUUUUCAAUGGUGUUGAGCCAGAGCCCUUUGAGAUUGGAGAUCACAUUGUUGAAGCCAGCGGCAAACUGUGUUUGUUGGAUAAACUGCUUUCAUUCUUGUAUGAUGGUGGCCAUCGUGUCUUGCUCUUUUCUCAGAUGACUAAACUGCUUGACAUUCUGCAAGACUACAUGGACUACAGAGGCUAUAGCUACGAGCGGCUGGACGGUUCUGUAAGAGGUGAAGAGAGACACCUUGCCAUUAAGAACUUUGGUCAACAGCCCAUCUUUGUCUUCCUGCUGAGCACCAGAGCAGGAGGAGUUGGCAUGAACCUGACGGCAGCAGAUACAGUUAUUUUUACUGACAGUGAUUUUAACCCACAGAACGACUUGCAAGCAAUAGCAAGAGCUCACCGGAUUGGGCAGCAUAAGCCUGUAAAAAUUAUUCGCUUGAUUGGACGAGAUACAGUUGAAGAAAUAAUCUACCGAAGAGCUGCUUCCAAGCUUCAACUAACAAAUGCCAUUGUAGAGGGAGGUCAGUUUGCCUUGGGAGUACACAAACCUCAGGAAGCAUCAGAUUUACAGCUGAGUGAAAUCCUGAAAUUUGGCUUAGAUAAAUUGCUGUCCUCUGAGGGAAGUACUGUCCAGGAUGUGGAGCUGGAAAACAUCCUUGGAGAAACAAAAGCAGGGAAGUGGGUAAUGGAUGUUGUCCUGCCAUGUGAAGAAGAGAAGAAGGAGGAUGACACAGAAAAUCACAUGUAUGUGUAUGAAGGCAAAGAUUAUUCAAAAGAACCCAGCAGAGAAGAUAAAAAAGCAUUUGAUCAGCUUUUGGAUCUUCAGAAAGCCUUGACCGAAGAGACCAGUAAAGAAGGGAGAGCUCUCCGAAACAAAGCAAAUACUCUUCUUACAGGCCUCAGGGACCAGUCAACAAGGAGGAAACACUUGUUGAGUGCAGAGGAGCUGGAGACUAGGAGGAAGAAGCGUCAAGAAGCAGCUGCAAAGAGAGCAAGGCUUAUGGAGGAAAGGAGAAAGGCAAAAGCAGAGGCAGAGCACAUGAAAAAGAUGGCUUGGUGGGAGUCAAAUCAUUACACAUCUACGUGUCUCCCUUCAGAGGAAAGUGAGUCUGAGGAAGAGUUUGAGGAGGGAGAGGCUGAGCUGAAUGUAGAUUUGGAUUACAGAGAUGUGGACCUAAACUGUAUCAAGUACGUCAUGGGAGAUGUCACCCACCCCAAAGCAGAAGAGGAGGAUGCCAUUAUUGUCCACUGCCUAGAUGACUCUGGUCGCUGGGGAAGGGGUGGUUUGUUUACAGCUCUGGUGAGUCGUUCUGAUCAGCCAAGAAGAAUAUAUGAGAUGGCAGGGAAGAUGAAAGACCUGCAGUUAGGAGGGACCCUAUUAUUUCCCAUUGAUGAUAAAAAAUCCAGGAGAAAAGGACAAGACUUGUUGGCCUUGAUUGUAGCUCAGCACCGGGAUCGGUCCAACAACUUGUCCGGCAUUAAGCUGUCUGCUUUGGAAAAGGGCCUGAAGAAGAUUUAUUCAGCAGCUAAGAAAAGGAAUGCAACAGUGCACUUUCCACGUAUUGGGUAUGCAACAAAAGAUUUCAACUGGUAUGGUACUGAACGGCUCAUCCACAAGUACUUGGCAGCACGGGGUAUCCCCACACUCGUAUACUACUUCCCCAGAAAUAGAGGGUCUGCUUCACAACCAUCUUCAUCAGUAACAGCCUGAAAGCCAUGAAGACACAAAAUUUUACUGAGAAACAUGCACAAAACCCAAGGAUCGUUUUAACUUCACGUAGACAGUCUUCAGUAUGCAUCCACUUCAGAAACAUAUCUUACACAGCCUUUUCUUAUCUCUGUACCUCUCUGCUUUUAUUGGUCAUAACAUUUAUGUAUUGUCAAUGGCUCUAAAAUGGAAUUACACUGCUUCAGAGUUCAAAGAAACUUGGGACAAGGAUGCUGGCACGAUCCUAAAUCUGUUUUGAAGAUGGAAAAUUAAACUUUCAUCUAUGGUCACUAGUUAUCUCUUACAUUAUUUUAUUUCUGGGGCUUGGAAUGCAGUAUCACUAGUUAGCAGCUCAUUCAUCUUCAGAAAAGCAUUCAUUUCUUACAUAAGUAGGCACAUAUUUGUGUUUACACCCAAUGAUAUUUGCAUGGUAGAAAGCACACACGCAACCCUUUGGACCAAUCAGAGGAUUGGGAACAUGUAAAAAACAGUAUCAUACCUCGGAAUGAAUUAAAGAGACUGGCUAAGCAUGGAAAUAAUCA